AUGGAAGCCCACGCCCAGCCACAACGCUCGCGCAAGCGCCCCUCUCGCACGACCCGCGUCCCUGACGCCGGAAAUGGUGCCAGCGCUGCUGCUGCCGCACAGGGCCCUGGAGUAGUCCCGGUGAGCCAAGGUUGGGGCCAGCACCCCGUCCAGAGCCAGCACCAGCACACUGUACAGCACGGUGUCCCUCAGCACUCGCAGCACGCCCACCAAACCCACCAGGUCCAGCAGCCACACCCCGGUGCUCACCCACACCAAGCCCAUCACCAGCAGGUCCAGGUGCAGCACCAGCACCAGCACCAGCAUCCGCAGGCCGUGCGCGCCCACCCCGACACGGUGUCGGCUCAACCUCCCACCUUUGCAUCGCAACAGCUCGACACCAGAUCCCACCAGGUCCCGGCCGACCCUGACGGCUUGAUGAACGGCUACAACGCUCCUCAACACCAACAGUACCCCGAUCCGCCUUCGUCGUCUCUCGCCCCCGCCCCGCAGCCCGACAACUCCGGCCUCACCUCGCUCAGCAACCUGACCGGCGAUAACGGUGCCAGCCAUCAGCAACACCAUCAGCAGCGUUCCCAGCAUCAGCAGCUCCAGCUUCAGCACCACGCACAGCAACAGCAACAGCAGCAGCAGCAGCAACAACAACAGGUACAGCAGCAGCAGCAGGCCCAACAGGCCCAACAGCAGCAACAGCAGCAGCGUACGUCUGUUGCCCCGUCGAGUACUACGGAUCGCGUCAAUUUCAACACGUACCCCAACCACUCCGCUCCCAACGACUCAUCCCCUUCCCCUGUCACCGUGGCCACCUCCAGCGCCGGCUACAACAACCUGUCCGGGUGGACGCAACCCGUGACGAACUCGACCGCGCAGUCCACAAUGCCCCCCCCUUCACCCGCGCCCGCGUUGGCCCCGCCACCUGAGGGUAUCUAUCGCACCUUUGAGGAUUUGCUGGCCUCGGUUCAAAAGGUUGCCAAGGAUCAGGGUUACGGAGUUGUCAAGCUGCGUGCCAGCAACUAUCGUGAGGGCAAACCGACGCGUUACGACCUCGUAUGUGACCGCGGCGGCGUCAAGUACAGCAGCACCGCGAAGAAGCGCAACCCCAGCACUCGCAAGGUUGACUGCCCCUGGCGCGCGAAGGCGGUUUGUGAAGUCAAUCUCGGCAACCAGUGGCGAUUCGCAGUUCAGGAGGCUCGUCACAAUCAUGAGCCGCGUAUACCCGCCGCUGUGCCAGGACAGGAAAACACCCCCAUCGCACAAAGCAUCCGCAGCAUCACCAACAAAAUUGACCGGUUGCAGCACGAUCAGACUACGAGCUUUCAGAGGCUAGAGGCCAAUGUCUCUACCAUUCUGGCGCGAAUCGACAACAUGGAGAAGCGACUUGACGCGAUUGAAAGUGGCCGCCCAUCGAUGCUUGGCGGCAACGGCGUGCCCUCGAUGGGCACCCCGAGCAUGCCUACGGCUAAUAUGGGAGGCGGAAAUCUUGGUAAUGGGCCCAUGACGAACGGUGGUAUGAGCGGCGGCCACAUUGUUGACACUCGGUUGAACAGUAUGGAAGCUCGAAUGAACGCCAUGGAGCAGCGCGGCAACCCGAUGGACGGCCUGCCCAUGAUGGACGACGACACAGGCCGCCUGGCUAUGAAUCAAAUGAUGGUUUCUACGUAGUGCGAAGGACCGUCAUCACAUCAGACGCACGCCGGUCCUCAGUCGGUCACCCCAGGCAACCCCGCCCCUCGAGCCCGACACAGUACGCCAUCACAACCG